AUGAAACUUACUGAUUUUGGUCUAAGUCGAUUUAGUUCAAUUUAUUCUUCAGUUAUUAGUGCUACUUCAACGACUACAAUUAUGGAAACCGUUGUAACAUGUACAGCCGCACCUGAAAUUCUAGAGAACAGUAACCCAGUAACUUAUACUGAAAAAUCCGAUAUGUAUUCAAUAGGUAUGCUUAUGAUUGAGCCUGUAUUACCAUAUGAUUCAUUUGCCUUAUUAUCAUCAUUUGGUGAAACGGAUGAUCAUCAGCAAGAUUUAUGCACUUCAUCCGUGCUACUCAUUAUACAAACUGGUGAACGAAGUGCUGUAGUCUGUUCGACACAUCUUCCAACAAUCACAGUUCGAACCAAAGAACGACCAAAGCCAAAAGUGAAACAAACUUCAAAUGUAUCAGUCGCGUCAACUAAUUUAACAACUAAUACUAUUGAUGGCCAACCGCUCCAAGCACGUCAAGUGUCUAGUUUCUAUGGUAUUAAGCAAGUGGUAUAUUCAACAUUAUUUUAA